AUGCGGAACCAGUCGUUAGAGCGAAUGAUCAGCUUGACAGUAAUUACCGCCUAUUUUCCAUUUAACCGCGGUAUCUAUGGUCAAAUAUUUAGACUACUGAUGGGAUAUCCAUUCUCACCUCUUUUGGCAAAUGUAUACAUGGGCAAAGUGGAGAAGGAAUUCGAGAAGCCACCGCUCCAACUGACGGUGCUUAUUCGACUCCCGGACGACUAUUUUGCACUUCUUGAAUAUCGAGGUCAUACGCUCUAA